CAACAUGCGCCAUCUGUCCCGUAACAGAAAGAGCGCCGUAGAUUAUGUUGUCCAGAGAGAGAGAGAGAGAGAGAGAGAGAGAGAGAGAGAGAGAGAGAGAGAGAGAGAGAGAGAGCAUUACGCACACCCUGAUCCUCUCCACACAGAACCAGUGUGGCGCACAGACAGGCGGCGGCCCCUCAGAAAGUGGGAAGUUUUCGCCAAAGGAUUCUGUCUCUAAAUUAAUCACCUUCAUGUCGACUCUGUUGGAUACUAACCCGCCGAUGCUAUGGUUACCUUUAUUACGAUCUUACAGGUGAAUCUAGUGAUGUCCAUCCUGCUGUAUGUGAUGGUCCUCGUGUACCUCUAUGGUAUCCAGGCAACCAACAUGGACAGCAGUCGCCAGGGGCAACAGCAGCAGCCGAGUCCCGACCCCUUAAACUCCCUUAUCAUACAGCUGCUUCAGGCUGACCUGACGAGGGGGAAGACCAGGGGGAACCAGAGCCAACAGGGGAGAAGCAGGGACACUGAGCCCCACGAAAUGCUGCCCCCUCUGCUCAGUGCAAACUUUCCCUUAGAGGAGCAGGGCGAUGCGGAGCAGUGGGGCACAGGCGCUCGCAGCGACAGUGUAGCCGACCAGCAGGUGAUGCUAUUGAACUCGGACCUUCUCAGGCAGCACAAGCGGUACAACUCCCCUCGGGUGCUGCUGAGCGACCGGCUACCACUGCAGCCGCCGCCGCUGUACCUCGCGGACGAUUACGUAAGCGGCGGAUUGGACGGUGCAGCAGGAAACAAGACACGAAAGAAGCGUUACGCUGAGCACAAGAGCUAUCGCGGGGAAUAUUCUGUGUGCGACAGCGAGAGCCAGUGGGUGACGGAUAAAACCCAAGCAGUGGACACCAGGGGGGACCCGGUCACAGUUCUGGGCAAAAUUAAAACCAGUGCCACACAGGAGAUCAAACAGUACUUUUAUGAGACACGCUGUCGGACCCCCAGGCCCUUCAAAGGUGGCUGCAGGGGCAUCGAUGACAAGAACUGGAACUCGCAGUGCAAGACGACGCAGACGUACGUUCGAGCACUGACGCAGGUUCGCAAUUCAGUGGGCUGGAGAUGGAUACGCAUAGACACUUCCUGCGUCUGCGCGUUGUCAAGAAAACGUCAUAGGACGUGAAGCAAACAAUACAAGCCUUGCUAGUGAAUACCUGUUUGGAAUUCUACUUGCUGUAUAGGAUUCUAUUUCCUGUUCACAGUGCUCCCCACCACAGGAUUAUGUUUCAUGGUGGUGUCGCAACACUUUAAAAUGAAACUUCUACUGAAGAUAUCUCGGGACCAUUUAAAUGAUAAUUCACAUUAAUGUGCUGCAAAGCCAGUGCAGCGCCGCUGUUACGGAAGAACUCAUUUGAGAGGGGUUGGGGAGGGAGGGAGUGAGGGGGAACUACAGAUAUAAAUUAUUUAAAUUAUAUGCAUGUAGUUUAUACAUGUUUAUCUAUCUAUAUAUGACGUAUGAAUAUAUUUGUGUUAUUUAUUGAAGGAAGAAAAUGUCUUUAAAAAAUGUAAAGAAACAAGCUAUGAACUCAUUUUGAGACUGUAAUACAGAGCUGGGCUGCAAAGGUGCUUCACAUAAAGACUUUACAUGUGCCUUGACCAGUGUGGCUGCAGAGCAGAGAGACAGGACAUGGUAACGCACACACACAGCAGUCGCCGCAAAUGUUUUUAGGGUGAUCCUAAAAAGUGACAGGGGCCUGUCCCGUGGACCAAUAUGGAGCCCAAAUGUUUAUUAUUACCCCUUAAUGAGGUAUACGGCCUCCUGUGACCAAAGCACCCAUUUGAGAUCUGUGACCAAACACAUACAUUUACAUUGCGUUCACAGUUGACCAUACUGUUAUGUUGUAAUAUGCCAUAAGUCAAAUAAUUCCUCUGGGAGACAGUUUUGAGAAAAUAAAAAUAGGAUUUCCUCUUGUGGAAUCUGCUGGCAGUGACUGACAGGUUCAAGAAAAUCCAAAUGUUUGGUUUUCAUCAGACCACAUUGACUCUGUUCACCACGUUUGACUCUCAACUGUUAUCAUGAGCUGUUUUUGUUUCUUCCUAUUAAUAAAAAAACCCUAUAUUUCUUAAAGUUGGAAACAUUUCAUUAACAAAUACCCAUUUA